ACGCCGCCCCGCCGCCGCAUAAAUAGCGCGGAGCGGCGCGGCGCCCGCAGCUCCGCCGUCGCGGUACCCGCUGCUCUGCUCCGGCCACGCGUUUAUCCCGUCACCGGUCCCGGCCUCGCUUCCAGUCCCGCUUUUGGUCCCGUCCCCGUCCCGCCGCCAUGCCGUUCCUGGGGCAGGACUGGCGCUCCCCUGGGCAGAGCUGGGUGAAGACGGCGGACGGCUGGACGCGCUUCCUCGACGAGAAGAGCGGCGGCUACGUCGGCGACAUCAGCAGCUUUUGUAAGAAGGACGAUCACAACAAAGAGAAUCUCUUUAACAGCCUGAACUAUGAUGUUGCUGCCAAGAAGAGGAAAAAAGACCUGCUGAAUAACAAAGCCAAGAUUCAAUAUUUCCACCAGGAGAAGUGGAUCUAUGUUCACAAGGGGAGCACAAAAGAGCGCCAUGGUUACUGCACCUUGGGAGAAGCCUUCAACCGACUCGACUUCUCCAGCGCUAUCUUGGACUCCAGGAGAUUCAACUAUGUUGUGAGGCUGUUGGAGCUGAUAGCAAAGUCGCAGCUGACGUCACUGAGUGGCAUUGCCCAGAAGAACUACAUGAACAUUUUGGAGAAAGUGGUGCAGAAAGUCCUUGAAGAUCAGCAGAACAUCAGGCUCAUACGGGAAUUGCUGCAGACCCUCUACACGUCUCUCUGCACGUUAGUUCAACGGGUCGGCAAGUCUGUCCUGGUUGGAAACAUCAACAUGUGGGUGCACAGAAUGGAGAGUAUUCUCCACUGGCAACAGCAACUGAACAACAUUCAGAUCACCAGGCCUGCCUUUAAAGGAACCACGUUCACAGACCUGCCGUUGUGCCUGCAACUGAACAUCAUGCAGCGGCUGAGCGAUGGCAGGGACCUGGUGAGCCUUGGGCAGGUGGCUCCCGAUCUCCAGGUGCUCAGUGAAGACCGACUGCUCUGGAAGAAGCUCUGCCAGUACCACUUCACAGACAGACAGAUUCGCAAACGGCUAAUUUUAUCUGACAAGGGACAGCUGGAUUGGAAAAAGAUGUACUUCAAGCUCAUAAGGUGUUACCCACGGAAGGAGCAGUAUGGUGACACGCUGCAGCUGUGCAGGCACUGCCACAUCCUCUCCUGGAAGGGCACUGAUCACCCCUGCACAGCCAACAACCCAGAGACCUGCUCCACCUCUCUUUCACCACAAGACUUCAUCAACUUGUUCAGGUUCUGAACACGGGUCACCGCAGCUUACGCGACUCUUACAGGACACUUUAUGCCACCGAGCUUGGACACUCCAAUUGUAAAUAGUGUAAAUAUUUAUGUUUGUUCGAAGCUCCUGAGUCAAGGAACAAGAGGAUCUCAGAGAGGAAAGGUGAAAUUGCUCACUGACGUGAAGCACUUGAGGAACACAGACUUCUGUAGGACUGGUGUAUAAAUGCAGCAUGUGUACAGAGUCCCUUUUUUAUGAUCAGAGUACAAGAUACAGGGCAAAAAGCUUCAUUUCUUGUUUGGUUUUUAGAAGUUCAAAAUGAAUUUGGCCCGCAAGCAUUUGAGAACUCUCUUGGUUUGUUCCUAAUAGAGAGCAAGCAAUAUGAGGCUAGGACUGUUGAACUGCUCCUCCAUCUGGUUUUCUUUAGGAUACAUAUUUAUAAGUAUGACUUUUAAAAAUAUUUAUGAAAAAUAUCCCUGUGACAAGUUGAAUAAUACCUGGAUGUUUUGGAGAAGGACACAUUGUGAAGUACCUGGGAUAGAACUCUAGCCUACUUGCGAGAGAGAAUCGCAACACACCACUUUCUACCUCUAAGAGAUGGGAGUACCUUUCAAACAAAGAUCCAGUGGACAAUGUGAACUUUUGUAUUUUGUACAACGAUUCAAAGGGAAAUGUUUGUGAUAGUAAGCAUCUUUUUUUUGUAUUAAUGCUUACCUCUUUACAGUAGUUUUCUUGCUCUACUCAGUGCUUGAAUGCCUAGGUGAUAGGCACCAUAUAAAUACCUAAGACUUUACUCCAUCCUCUUUUAAUUUGCAGGUUUUAUGAAAGAUUAAGCAAAAGGGGAGACAGAAGCCACAAGAAUGAAGUUUAUCUAAAAGGGAGGAAGGUCUAUUAUAGAGAAACAAAGGACUGAAUUUAAUCUCUCAAUAGGAAUUCCUAUCAGUUAAUUGCGCAGGUUGAAAUCCUAAGUGAGGUUAGAAUCUGGUUCUUCAGGCCCAUGUUUUCCAACAGCCACUGCUCUGCAUUCCCCCUGCUGACAAGUGAAUUCAGUCACCUGGUGAAGUAUAGGGAGAACUGGGCCGUUGAAUCUCCUGAAAUGAUGCGGUUUUUAUUCACUGGAAGCCUGGCAGCAUCGUGGUUGAUUUCAGACCAGGGGCGUUCAGGGAGAUGUGUGAGACAGCAUGAAGCUGUCAGCUUUUUCCUAGAAGCAGCAGUCAGGACUGGGCUAAGCAGGGCAUUUCCUAGAUGGCACUUGACAUCUGGUUAUUUCCUCUGUGCCUGUGGAGAAAACCCGGCCUAGUCCCUCCUGAGCUUAUUUGUGUGACCUUCUAACACCAGCACAGAGCUAAACUUUCAGUCCUAUGGAAUAAGUAGCCAAAUGAACUUCAUUGUGGCCACGUUCUGGCUCACCGUCUCCUCUGCUUAGUGCUUCACUUUUCCCUACAGUGGAGCUAGAAGCAUCCAGCUCUUAUUUAAGAAGCUGAAAAGCUGCAGUGGGAGGUGGCUGCCAUUUGCCAGCAGUUUCCUGUGUAGCACUUUCUCCGUGCAUGAUGUAAGCAGGAUACCUCAGAAGGGUAAACACUGAGUGGGUUGUGUGUGACUAUGUACAAAAGAAUCGUGAGGAAGAGGAGUACUCAGGACAAUUCAGGAAGAACUACUUGAGUUAAUGAUUGUUAAAUAUUCUGUUCCUUUUUUUACAUUUUUAUAACUGACUUUCAACACUUUUCUGCAGCUGUUUGUAUUUUUUAAAAAUUGACAGUAUUUGCAUUUUUGCAAACUAAGAUCAUUUUGCAUCCUCUUGGGAGAGACAUAAAAAGGGAAGCAAGCUGCCUCUAGACGGAGCAGUGGAGGAGGAAAAUCAGGAAAAUGCUGUCAGGAACUGCUCUUCUCCUGCCUUCCAAUGGCAAACCCAAGAUUUUGCUCUUCCAGAGAGCUCUGUGAGCCUGUGCCGCCCUUAGCCACGGCCCAGGGCUUGGCACUCUCCAGAGGCGAGGAGAAAACACGUGUGGGAUAGGGAGCUUUAUCUUGGUGUCGAUGCCUCAUCCGUCAUUCGGACUGCUGAUGGAAAGCAUAAGCCUGCUGAUCAUGUUCACGUCAACUGAAAGUGAUUUAAAAGCUGUUACUCGGGAAAAAUGAACUCGUGCUUGUUUGGGGGGAGUCUGUAAGCGAAGGAGGCCAGUUUCUGUUUUCAUUGCCAUGCUGAUGGCAGCGGGUAGAUGAGGUUGGAAUCUGGCUUGGUGAAUGAGGACAUAAGGACAGAAACCUGCAAGUGAAGUGGGCGAAGCAUUGCCACUGUAUUAGGACUUUCUCUUUUUAGCAGUAAGAGGACCCGUGCCCCUCUGUUUCCACCUCUGACUUGGAGAUGGCUUGUUUCAUAGCCUUGCCUCUGCCACCUGAAGUGAGACAACUUGUUGCGAUAGGAAGACAACAGCAUUUUGGUGUAAAAUGCCUAGUCUAGGUCCAUGCUCAGCAGAUGACACGUAUCCAUUGUGAGCUUGUGACACUGGGUGCAUUUUGAGCUCGGGUUUGAAUCCAGCCUAGUGCAUUCACUGCACAGCAUGACAGAAAAUCUCAGAGUGUAGCUGCGAUUUGGGAGUGUCUCAGCUUUAGCCAUUGCCUCUAUCAGCCCUUCACUGGUUUUAAGCAAAGAGUUUACUGUGACCUGUGCUAAGAGUCACCAUGGAUCAUGCUGGCAACAUCCUUACUGUGCAACUGAGGCUCCUAUGUAUAAAACUUCAAAUAGUUGGGUUUUAAAAAUUUCUUAGCACUGUGUCAUCUUAAAGGGUCAAAGUGCUGAAGAUGAUUUGUUAAUAACUACAGACACCUGCGUGUUGCCCCUGUGAGACUGUGGGAUAUUGCUGUCAGUGUCCAAAGCAGCAGAAACCCACCCAACCACUGUACUGGAGAACAAAACCGACUAAACAAAAGAAGCAGACCAAUGCUCCUUCAGUUACUGCCACAGUCAAUACUCUCCUGCUACAGCAACUGUCUAAUAGGAUCUGAAUCUCUUUGGGAGACUCCUUGUUUCUGAAGUGGCGAGUACAGGGAGAUAGUGUGACAAAUUCAAUACUCUUGUAUUUAAAAUGCUGUUGCAUCCAAAUCCCUUAGUCUAACCACUUGCAAACAAAGUGAUGGCUAUUUGAGCAGUGCAAAGGCAUCUCUUGGCUGAGGAUGGCAGAGCAACAAAACUGACGGUGGGAACAGGAGCUUCCGGGCAGGAUGUUUUAAGGCUGCUCUCGUGCAAAAAGGACCUCUUUAUUUUAAGACAAUUGUGGCAAAGCUCUUGUGAAGGGCAAACAGUCUUUUAUUUGUAUUUUGAAAUAGGACUUUCUUUUCAAAUGACAUUUUGCCUUCCAGUUGGUUGAUGCAUUCCCAUUAGAUGUGCAUCAGUUCUUACACUAGGAAAGGAGGGCUUUUUCUCUCUUUGGGGUUUUCUCCUGCCAGCAUAUCCAGAGAAAUCUCAUUAUCUUCAGAUGUGUUAACCAGUACAACAGCAUAGAACAUGGUGCUGUGAAGAGGAAAAAUAGCUCCAUGCAGGGAGGAGGCUUAGGAAGGCAGAGAUCUCUUUCAGCUUCAGAAGAGGCAGGUAUUUGGCGUUUGGUUUCAUGUGAUAGCCACUUCAAGAGGCACAAUUUCAGCUGUACAUACCUUAAGCCAUUUACACUAACUAUGGUAUGGUAAAGUUUGAUCAUAAAAUGUGUGUUGCUCCUCUUAUAUUGUUUGGGUUUCUUUUUUUUUUGUUUAACUGUGGAAGUUUCUAGAUGCUUUUAUUUUGUAAAAUGAUUAGGAAAACUUGUCCUGCUCUGAAGACAUUGCUAUGUAUGUAAACGUUUCAUUGCACCCUGCCACUUUCUGUAUAUGGGAGUAUCUUUUUUACUAUCUUUCUUUGCCCCUAGGUUUUGAACUGUUUGUGUUCUCAUUUCUGUUUUACUUCAAUUACUCUUGCAAAGCUAUCACCUUCUAGAACAUAUGCAGGUACCAAACCAGCUUUUCCUGCCCAGAAUAUUCCUUGGCCUUUAGUAGCUAAAAUUUGAUUUAGAGCAAGAAUGUUUCAGCUUCUGUUGUGUAGCUGAUACAUCAGAUGUGCUGUUUCAGGCUUAUCUCCUGCUCAGUACAGCAAACUAGCAUUGUCCUCUGCAGUAGUUCCUACAAACCUAUUGCACAGCUUCCACACAGAUCAGCACCUUGCCAGAAAGACACAGCUUUAAAUUAAAAUGCCCCUCUUCCUAGCUGGCCUGUUUGUGAAAACACAGACCCCACGGAGCUGAUGGCUGAUCAGGUUGAUAAAGGCUCCCUGGUCUGAGGUUUGGGACUCUCGGUGUUCUGUCUGUGCUGUUUUUCUCAGCCCAGUGGUUACCAUGAUGCUUGUUUAAAGGCUCUGAGAAUACGAGGAGCCAUCCACAGGCUGUCAGCGUGUGGCUGAUGGGCUGUGGGAGGGUCCUUCCAUCCCACAUCUUUCUCCUGUGAUUUCAUCGGCAGCAAAUUGGCUUUGCAGGAUCUGGCCCCAGGGAGUUCAAAUCCAUCUUGUCCUUGACACAUGCAGUCUCUAGUAGAUUAAUACCUUGAACACCAGAGAGAUUCCCCCUCCAUUGAUCAAGCGCUGCCCUUCUCCUCCUGGGAGGGCAGCUGAGGGUGGAACUAGCACUUCUUUAGCCACCAUGUGCUGCACAGAAUGCUAACAGGUCUGCUACCAAGAGAACAUUUUAAUUGGAAUUAGCAAAUACACUCAUCUUUAGGAGCUAAUCUACAUUAAUUAUAAAUACCUACUUAUAUAUGGAAGAGAGCGUGUGUGCUAUUUUGUUUUUCCUUAAAGUUGUAACUUGAGAUGAAGUGAAAGGCAUCCCUCCUUAUAUAUAAUGACUUCUGUUUAAUAUUGUGUGGUUAAAAUCCUUCCAUUAUAAAUUUUGCACACUUUUUUCCUCCUUCCCUUGCAUGUUCAACUCUGAUUUUUACAGCUGUUCUGUGCAGACAGUAUUUUUGUAAAACAUUUUUGACACUGAAUUGCAAUAAAUGUUCAAACAAUGUGAA